AUGAAUCGGAUUCUGAAGACUACGUUUGUGUUGUGGGUGAUAGGACGGGCAGAGGGUCAAAGAAUUGAACAUGUACGAAAUAUGUACCAAGAUGCCAUGCAUGCUGAGGCGUAUGAUACGAAUCUUGAUACUGACAUGAUUAGAGCACAGCGAAAUGUUAAACCCCAAGACAAAGGUAUUCAAUACAUGGAGCAAAUUCACAAGGAACUUAAUGCGAAUGACCAAUGGGAUGCAAACAUCACUCCUUUGCUGAACCAGCAAAUUGAUAAACUCAGCGAGGAAGGUGCUGUCAUUGACUGUGGUAUGCUUUGUCCUUCUACAUUGAACCCUGGGACCUGUUUUGCAACAGAUGAUGUAUCAAAAGAAAUCAGUUUGGAGGACAUUUUAGCAUGUAUACCAAAGUCCUAUUUUAGUAUUGAAUUAAGAGGGUUUAAUUUUGGUACAAUCAAAAAUGGAUCAUUCUAUGGUAGGCCGAAAGUAACUGCACUGUUCUUAAGAUCUUGUAAUGUUACUGUACUUGAACCAGAUGCUUUGCGAGGACUUCAUAAUUUGACACAGCUCGGAAUUGUCGAUGUUGCAUUUGGGAAAACAGGACUUAUGAACUUAAAUGAAUAUAUGUUACAUCACUGCCCAAAUGUGAAUAGUCUUACUUUAGAUGCUUUCUAUAAUUCUGCUUUUAUCAAUCUCACUAAUAACUUAAUGGUUUGCAACUGUGAAAAUCAACCAUUUGUUGAUUGGAUGAAUUCGGAACACAUUUUCGGACACAUAGUUAUGAUACAUGAUAAACACUGCCACGCAUCUAAUGGAGAGCCCAAACAAGAGCUUAGAAAACUGGACUUGUCUUGGGAAGAUUGCAAUCCUGAUUUGCUAACAAGGAAUAUCAUCCUCAUUGUAAUUAGCGUCAUAGUUGCAGUUACCAUAACAGCUUCGUUGCUAAGAUACUUCAAGAAGGACAUGCGAUAUGCGUUAAUGGUGAGAAAAGCAAAACGCCACCAUGGAAACGCCCCACGGCAUAACAUGGCAGGAGAUGAAUUGGAAAUAUAUGAUGCGUUCGUUAGCUACCAUUCUGAGAAAAGACGUUUUCUGUUUGACGUCAUGGUGCCAGAAUUGACGAAAGGAGAUGUCCCAUUUACUUUGAUGUAUGACCAUGAAAUCCUCCCAGGGCAGGAAUCCUACUUGAGUGGAAUCAUGACACACAUGGAUCGAAGCCUUCAUAUCAUAUUCUUAGUAACCCGAGGCUGGAUGAAAGAGGGUUGGAACGAGUUCGAGAUGGAGUCCGCCAUAGAUAUGCUUACCCAAAGCAAACGCCACACACUGAUCGUGAUACUGAUGGAGAACAUACCACAGAAAGAGAUGUCAAACACGCUAGCGUUGAUGGCGAGGCACAAUGUCUGUUUACGUUGGAGUGAAGAAGAAGGGAAACAAAAGAAGUUUUGGAGGGACCUAAAACUUGGACUCGGCAAGAGACGCUAUGACAUGGUGUUUAGAGAGCGCUAAAAACAAU